AUGGAACCACCAAUAAAAAAAGCCACUACCUCAAUUUCAUCCGAACGGGAUAAUAUUGAUAAACUUACUAAAGAAAACAGAGCCUUAAAACAAAAGGUUGAUAACCUGGAAAAGGAAAAUAGGUCACUAAAAAAAUCCAUCUAUGAUUUGACGGUGAAAUAUACAGCAGCAGCCGCAGCGCAUCAACAAAGGAUUAGCCCAUUUAUGAUUGAUUUUGAAGAACCACAAGAAGGUGGUGGGAAAGAAAUUAACUUGGGAAAUUCAACUGAUAUUUACGAUGUACCUGAACAAAUCGAUUCUGUUGACAAUGUUUUUAGUUAUGAGAAGGAUAAAUUAUUAGAAGCAAGUUUAUUGUUAGCUACGGGUAGUGCGGAUCCAUACGCGUAUUUAUUUAACGUUGGUAGUCCGGAGGGAACUGGAGAAUUGUUACAACGUUUAGAGGGUCAUACUGAUUUCGUUUAUGCUGUAGAUUUUCAUCCUUUUGAACCGAUACUGGCGAGCUGUUCUGCAGAUUUCACCAUAAAAAUAUGGGUACCCAAUGCUAGAG